AUGAGCGAAAACGCACAGCUCUGCGCGAACGAGCCUCAAAAGAAGUAUCUCGGCGUGAAAGACAUCCCGAAUGAGGGCACUUUCCAUGUGUACGAGGGUGGGCACCGCAUUCCAACGCAUGUUGAUGGCGAGCAAGUAAACCCUCAAUGGGGGCUCACCAAGGCCAACAAGCCUCGCAAGCGGUUGGCGCUAGCUUGCCUAGACUGUCGUGAGAAGAAGAUCAAAUGCGAGCCAGGCAUAAACAGCUGCCUCCAAUGCGAGAAGGCCAAACGCACGUGUCGAAAUGAACCGAACGGGGAGCACAACAUAACCAAGCGAAGGUCAAGGGAGGAUCCGUCACCGCCCAAUGUACCAAGCAAGAAGCAUCGCUCAGCGUCUCCUAGCCUGGAACCGGAGCCUGCAUCGGCUGGCGUUGCAAAGGUCGCUGACGUCGCGGCUUUAGGUCCCACAGUCUUUGUACCCGACAAAGUCCUAGCGUGGGAAGAAGAUCCGUUCGCCGUUGACAGAGAGGUCAGCCGUCAUCUUAUAGAUUCAUACUUCAACCAUGUCAAUAGUGGCGCAUAUUGCUUGUUUCCGCGUAAGCGGUUCAUGGACUGGCUGACACAUGCCACGGACAAGUGUCAACGGGAACGCACAAUGCUUUACGCCAUGCUAGCAAUGGGCUCGGUGUUUACAGACGAUCGCUUCUCCGGCUACGGCAAACGAUGCGCACAAGUCGCGAAAGAUGCAAUCCUAGCGACAAUCAGCACGUCAGAUCUUCCCGUGAUUCAAGCACGGCUGGUCAUGGCGCUCUAUUAUACCGGAAAAGGUGCCAGCGGCCUUGCUCGGGACUUUGCAGGUCUAGCAAUCCGUGCCUGUAGUGGCAGUGGCCAGUCGCUGUUCACGGAACCGGCUCCGGAUGCAAUGGAACGUCUACGCGCUCGUGGACGUAUCGAAUUCUGGCUUACACCGGAACAGCUCGUCGAGUGCGGACGUCGCACAUUCUGGUCUUGCUUCUUGCUCGAUCGCUAUGAAUGUGGCACGCUUUGCGCGAUCGAUCUCCGGGAUAUCUUUCUUCGUCUGCCCUGUGCCGAUGACUGCUAUGAGCGUGGAUCGGUCUCUGAUGCUCCAUACUACAACAACGGCAUUGUGGAGCCUCUCCGAACGAUACUGACCCCGUCAAGUGCGGUGUGUCCCAUGGCGUGGCUAUGCCUCCUUUCAGCGAUCUGGGGCGACGUUCUCACAUUCUCUAGCCGGAUGAUUCACCGUUCCAACGAUUCCUUCAGAGAAGCGUACGAAGCGUUUUACGCGGAAACGCAGAAUAGGUUGCAGGGAUGGUCAUCGCGGCUUCCGGAAUAUCUGCACUACAGCGAAGAGAAUAUCAGACGUAGCAUGUUGGGCGGAUACGGCAUCGUGUUCGUCUCGACGCAUACCCUCUACCACUGCAUCCUAAUGAGACUAAACCGCUACGUCCGAUACAAGGUGGUGGCUCCCGAAACCGUGAAGCGGAAUAUAAGGGACGCACAUCAUCACGCUCACAAAUUAUUGACAAUGCUAGGCGCUGAGAAAGCAGCUUUUGCCGAGCUGUCAUCUUCUAUCCCGGCGCCUGCUGAACGUUGCGACCCGUUGCUCUCGACACCGUUUGCAGGAUAUGCCGCAAUACUUGCCAUUGACAUUGUUGGAGCUGGAGGUCUGGAAACCGGCCUACGCGCCACUUUGGAUGCCACGAACAAUGCGCUGGAUUGCUUCCAGACGAUUUCACGAUGUUGGAACAGCGCCAGGAAUCAGCUGAUCGAUGCUCAAACCCGUCAUCUACAAAUUCGCAAUGUCCUGCAACGGCCCAACAAGACGCGGAGCGGUGCUUGGCUUGGAUCUCAAUGGGGCAUAAAAGAUCCUCUGGUGGAGUUUGAGCGACAUCACGACUGCAUAUACCCUUACGAUGAGCAUUCCCGGGAAGAUGGUUACAGUCCGAUGUACUUCGACGCGCUUAGAGAAGGUGGACACAGAAGCUCACCUUCUGGCAGUGUGCGGGUAGCGUAA